AUGGAACAUGCCCGUAAAGGGCACAAGGCAUUUUGUCGCUAUCAAGACUGUAAAUGUGCAGAAUGUCAAAUGGUUAUAAAACGUAGACGCUUAAAUAAAGCUUUAAACUCUCGACGACAUGGAAAAGGAAAAUUAAAAUUAAUUAAGAAACCUUCUGGAUCUAAAUUACGUAAUCCAACGUGUGCAAGAUGUUCAGCACACGGAAAGGAAAGCACAUUAAGAGGGCAUAAGAAGACGUUAUGCCCUUUUCGAAUUUGUGGCUGUGAAAAUUGUUGUUUAGUCGAGGAGAGGUUUGUAAGUAUAAUUACUAAGGAUAAGCAAGGUACGGUUGCCGCAAUGGAUUUUCCGGGAUCGCUGCCCUAA